UGAUCUCUGUCAAAUAAAUAAAUAAAAAUCUUAAAAAAAAAAACAACAAACUUCCUUGUUAUUCGAUGAUUAGACUCCCAUUUCAAAAUUAACCCUCAACCCAGCUCCCAGCACCCUGGGGCUCCUAGUGCUGCUUGACUUGGGUGCUGUGGGGCACAGACGGUGACUCUGCCAUGCCUGAGGUGGGCCCUGUCUGUCACAAGUUCUGGGGGUGCCCUAUCGUGGUGGAUCCUGAGAGGUCUAGGGAAGCGUCCUUGGGAAGCUCCAAGGACACCUCUCUCUAUCCUGACUUCCGGUCUGUUUGGAUGCAUGGUGGUAGUUGGUGUUCUUAAGAGAAGUCCAAGGCUGGGUUAUCCUUGGAAGAAGGAAAACCUUUCUGGCCCUUGGACAGUGUGUCCGGGACAGGUAGUACUGCCCGUUAGGGGAACUCCCUCGAAACAUGGGGCAUUUUUUUGAUGGAGGUAAACAUCUGAAGGGAUGCAACCUGCAUUCAGCUGAGCAGCCUGGAAAGCUUCAGGCCCCUCCCUUACAAAGAAUUCCCAAGACAACUUUUGAACCACCCCCUGCCCCAGGACCUCACGUAUAUGAAAAGCCUGUUUAUCUGAACCCAGACCUUUUUAACACGUAAACACCAAAUUGUUUUUGCACAUUUUGAGAAAGACUCCAUUUGCCAGGAAUGUACCUACAUGUAAAUGAAAACCGGACUUUGCUUUGUGCAGCACUUUGCCAAGAACCAGAUCAUGAUUUUGGAACAUCAGGUCACCCGCCGUGGCGCAGCUUGUGGUACACCAGUGGCCAGGAAAGCAAUAUCAGUUGGCGUCAUAGCUGCUGCAUCCAGGGCAGCCAAGACAAGCAGCAAGCAGGGCAGCAUGAGCCGAUCAUCCCCCCAUCCCACCCAACUCCAGCCCAUGGGCCCCCAGAAUGCCCCGGUUCCCCUGCUGCUGCCGCCGCCGCUGCCGCCACCACCGCCUGAUGUACAAAAUCCCUCCUCUCACCCUUGGGCCUCUCAGUGUGGGCCUCCUCCCUGGGGCCUCAGCUGUCUUCUGGCUCUGCAGCAUAUCUUGGUCCUGGCUUCUCUGCUCUGGGCCUCCCACCUGCUCCUGCUUCCAAGUCUCCCCCCGGGAGAGCUCUCGUACUCCCCUGCCCAGCUCUUGGCCUCCAGCCUCUUUUCCUGUGGUGUGUCCACCACCCUGCAAGUCUGGAUAGGCAGCAGCCUCCCUUGUGCUGCGCCUGUGUCGGGGGUCUGGCUGCCAUGGCCUGGGGCUCUGGAACACUUCUCUCAGAGAGGUGUCUGGGGCUGUGGUGGUAUCCGGGCUGCUCCAAGGCACCCUGGGGCUGUUGGGGGGGCCUGGCCACUUGUUCCCCCACUGUGGACCUCUGGUGCUGGCUCCCAGCCUGAUGGUGGCAGGCUUCUCUGCCCACAGGGAGGUGGCCCUCUUCUGCUCUACUCACUGGGGCCUGGCCUUACUGCUUAUCCUGCUCGUGGUGGUCUGUUCUCAGCACCUGGCCUCCUGCCAGUUACCCCCCUGCCCCUGGAGGCCAGCUUCAAACUCUUCCCCUCAAGCUCCCAUUCCCAUCUUCCGGCUCCUCUCGGUAUGUGGUGGUCUGGGGGAGGGCCAGUUGAUGAGAGAAGGACUGGCAUAGAAGGCUUACUAAGCCUGCUACCUUUGGCUUCUGCCUGCCCCUCCAGGCUGGCUUGGAAGGUUCUGGGUGGAGGGGCUCUUUCCUGUCUCAGUCUUGCCACUCAGGUGCUGAUGCCGGCGGCCUGUGUGUGGAUCAUUUCCGCCCUUCUGGGUCUGCACGUCAUCCCCCCGGAGCUGUCUGCUUCCCUUGAGGUGCCAUGGGUCUGGCUGCCUCACCCAGCUGAGUGGGACUGGCCCUUGCUGACACCCAGGGCUCUGGCUGCGGGAAUCUCCAUGGCUUUGGCAGCCUCUGCCAGCUCCCUGGGCUGCUAUGCCCUGUGUGGCCGACUGCUACAGUUGCCAUCCCCACCUCCACAUGCCUGCAGUCGCGGGCUGAGCCUGGAGGGUCUGGGCAGCGUGCUGGCUGGGCUGUUGGGGAGCCCUAUGGGCACUGCCUCCAGCUUCCCCAACGUGGGCACAGUGAGUCUUAUCCAGGCUGGCUCUCGGAGAGUGGUGUACUUGGUGGGACUGUUCUGCGUGGGGCUUGGGCUCUCCCCGAGGCUGGCCCAGCUCCUCACCGCCAUCCCCCUGCCUGUGCUUGGUGGGGUGCUUGGGGUAACCCAGGCCGUGGUUCUGUCUGCUGGAUUCUCCAGCUUCCACCUGGCUGACAUUGACUCUGGGCGGAAUGUCUUCAUUGUUGGCUUUUCCAUCUUCAUGGCCCUGCUGCUGCCAAGAUGGCUUCGAGAGGCCCCGGUCCUACUGAGUACAGGCUGGAGUCCCUUGGAUGUGUUACUGCGCUCGGUGCUUACAGAGCCCAUCUUCCUGGCAGGAUUCUUGGGCUUCCUUUUAGAGAACACCAUUCCUGGCACCAGGCUUGAGCGAGGCCUAGGUCAAGGGCUGCCAUCUCCUUUCACUGCCCAAGAGGCUCAGCUGCCUCAGAAGUCCAGAGAGAAGGCUGCCAAAGAGUAUGAGCUUCCUUUCCCCACCCAAAACUUGCGUAACUGUAUCCCCCAGCCCCUCCAUUGCCUCUGCCCGCUGCCUGAAGACCAUGGGAAUGAGGAAGGAGGGCCCUCUGAGCCAGGAGAGACAGCUGAUUUGUUGCCUGGCUUUGCGGAGCAGUGUCCUGAGUCUAGCAGAGAGCUUGGGUCCCAGUGAUUACCGGGAGUCCUACUCCUUCCCUGGUUAGUUUACCGUAUCUCCCAGCUUGCUGGAGAGUCAGCUCCCAAGUUCUAAUUUCUCCUGAGAAGGUGUGUGUUUGCGCAUGUGUGUGUGUGUAUGAGAAAUGGGCCCACCUAAAGGUCUCAUUUCCCAAUAGGUGUGUUGCCCUUCCUUUUCUUAAUUAGGCCUAAUAACAACAACAAACAUUAAUUAGGCCUAACUGUUCCACGUUCCAGGCAAGGGCCAUAGUUCAGUGGGCUGUGAUCGAAUGAAUGAGAUUCUGCAUCUGAACUAUCUAUGGUCAAACCCCAGCAUUCGCUUAACAAAUAUUUAUUGAAGGCCUUCCAUGUGCAAGGUUCUGGAA